AUGGGUGGGUUGCAGACUUUGCAAUACCUAUCUUUGGCUCACAACAAAUUGCAAGGGCAUAUACCUGAAUCACUAAGUGGCAUGAUAAGUAUUGAGUUAAUAGAUUUUUCCCAUAAUCAUUUGUUUGGUGUGAUUCCAAAGUCCUUAGAGUCAUUGCACUAUCUUAAAUCUAUUAAUCUUUCCUACAAUUUAUUGGAAGGAGAGAUUCCGAAUGGUGGUCCUUUUCAAAAUUUUACUGCUCAAUCUUUUAUGAUGAAUAAAGAUCUUUGUGGAAAAUCCCAGCUACAAGUCCAACCAUGCAUUGUCUUUCUAAAGCAUAAUAGAGAUGAUGCUAACUAUGCAACCAAAAGGGGUUUAACAAAUUUGGACGCACCAACUAGGAUAUCCUAUUAUGAGCUUCUACAAGGAACAAAUGGAUUUGAUGCGAGUAAUCUUCUUGGCUCUGGAAGUUUUGGAUCAGUAUAUAAAGCAAUUCUUCCAAAUAAAAAGAUAGUUGCUGUCAAAGUAUUUAACGCAGAUAUGGAAGAAGCAUUGAGAAGUUUUGAUAUUGAAUGCACUGCCAUGUGCAAUUUACACCACCGCAAUCUCAUUAGGAUUAUUAGUAGCUGCUCAAACGAUGAUUUCAAGUCUCUAAUUAUGGAAUUCAUGUCAAAUGGAAGUCUUGAUAGAUGGUUGUACUCUCAUAACUACUGUUUAGAUAUCUUGCAGAGGUUAAACAUAAUGGUUGAUGUGGCAAGUGCAUUAGAGUACCUUCAUCAUGGUACUUCUAUUCCGAUUGUUCAUUGUGACAUAAAACCAAGCAAUGUUUUGUUGGAUGAAGACAUGGUGGCUCAUCUUAGCGAUUUUGGUAUAGCUAAAUUAUUAGGUGAAGGACAGUUGGAAACUUAUACAAAAACAUUAGCUACAGUUGGCUAUGUGGCACCAGAGUAUGGAUCAAAAGGAGUGGUUUCUUUCAAAGGAGAUGUGUAUAGCUAUGGUAUCAUGCUAAUGGAAAUGUUUACAAGGAAGAAGCCAACCGACAAAAUGUUUGUUGAAGGUCUUUCUUUGAAAGAUUGGGUUAGCAAAUCAAUACCGCAUUCAAUCAUCAAUAUUUUAGAUGUCAAUUUGCUAUGCAAAGGGAAUCCAAAUAUUAGCAAUAUAUUACAGCAUAUAUCAUCAAUUUUUGAGUUAGCAUUAAGUUGUUGCACUGAAUCACCUGAAGCACGAGUUAUGAUGACUGAUGUUGUGGUCUCAUUGAAAAAUAUAAGUUUAUAUUCACAUAAAACAUUGGAGAUGCGCCACUAG